UAGGAGAAGGUGAAAGGGCCAGAAAUGGUCUGGCACUAAGAGGUCAGAGGCCCAACCCUGAAGGUGUUAAGGUUGUGGGAGCAAGAGGCAGCUGAAGAGGGAGUGUCCCGAUGUAGAUGAAAGGAAAGUGUCGUAUCAGGAGGCAAGGGCCCAGGAAGCCCCACACAAGAAGCGAUUGGGUCAGAGGAGAACCUGCUUUUGGUAUGGGGAGCAGGGCCAUAUAAAGAGACAUUGCACCUACAGAGAAAAGAAAGACAGUCAAUAAAAGAAAGAAGAAACAGAGGCCCAUAAUGAACCUAUAGAUGUGGGAAAAGUGGAGAGGCAGCUGAGACUGGGGGGAGGAGAGAGACCCCCAGGGAAGAAGCUGAAGCAUGUAGGAAUUAGCACCUAGAUGAACCACAAGACUGUGGGGACUCGGACUCUGGGAGAGAGGGUGUUGGGGGACUCACUGGAGAAGAUGAAGCAGCUGCAGGGGAGGCUGGUAGCUAUAGAGCAGGCCUUUCAGGUGGCUGUGCAUCACCUGGAAAUCUAGUGGAAGAAAUUAAGAGAUAACAUGGGGGGUUCUUCUCAUGAAGAGUGAUAUAAAGCAGGAGAGGGACGGUCUGUGUGCUUAGCUAUGUAAGAAACAGGGGAGAUGAUACUUGCUCUCUUUCCUCCCAGGGGUAGCAAUCUUGAGUGGGAGAGUAUGUGAUGGGGUGUCCACCCCACACAGACUGGAGGGGUGUAAGCCUAUUAACUCCACAGCCUGCACCUGGAGGAAGACUAAGAGCCAUGGAGCAGGGAACUGAUUGCAAGCAGGUUCACCUGUGCAGGAACAGGCGGGGCCUAUAAAGCCAAGAAGCUGGCAACAGAGGGGCUGAUGCUAGGAAAGGACAGUCACGCCUUGGGAAGAGGGAGGAGUGGCUGGAGCUGAUCUACCCAGAGAAAGGAGGGGAACCAGGAGUUGUAGGAAGCAGUCCAGGGAAGGAGCAGUGAGGGUUGGGAAAGGAAAGCCCAGAACUGCUGGGUUGAGGGUCCCUGGACUGGAACCGACCCGGAUUCCCCUACCUGCCUCUGGGGAAGUGGCACCAGCAGGGCAGUAUAUGGGAAUACUGCCUGAAUCAAUGCGGAAGUGACAGAGAUUUGAAGGACAGUACCCUGGAAGUGGGGGAAUACUGAGCGACCUGGCUGGAGACCAAGUCACAAAGAGGACACUGCGGUUCCUGGAAUGAGAGAGGGGCUGCAGACCAGAGAGAGAGAGAUGGUGUGACAGCGUGCAAACCGUGGAAGGGGGCGUUGACCUCAAGCACUAAUCCCCAGAGUGAUCAGCAGGAGGUGCCAGACAAGAGGAAAAGCAAGAAUGUUGAAGGAGAUCCAAAUAGUGCUCUGGUUCCUUUUUGUCUUUGUCAUUUCCAUUUUCUAUAAACUCUCCCUGAAGUCUGGUUGCAUCUUCUCUUGCAUGCCUAUUGCUAAGCGAUUCCUGACGCCAGAGGAUGUUAUGAGCCAGAGCAGAAGCAUCAUCUUUGUGGAGAUCACAGAUCGCCUUGAGCCUCUUCCACUGGUUUCAUGUUCUGUGGAAUCUGCUGCCAGGAUCUACCAUGACAGACCUGUUGUUUUCUUCAUGGCAGGGCUGAACAAUAGCACAUGGCUGGAUUCAAAUUCCACUUAUCCAGCCUUCUCACUUUUAUCUGCUAUGAAGAAUGUCUUCAUUUUUCCUUUCCAGAUGGAAACUUUGUUCCAGGAGACACCUCUGCUCGCAUGGUAUCAUAAGGUAAAUGCAGCCCAAGAAAAGUACUGGGUUCAUAUCAGCUCUGACGCCAGCAGACUUGCACUCAUCUGGAAAUAUGGUGGGAUCUACAUGGACACAGAUGUCAUCUCCAUGAGGCCUAUUCCAGUGGCAAACUUCCUGGCGGCCGAGGCUUCCAAGGUCUCCAGCAGUGGGGUUUUUGGCUUUCCUCACCAUCACUGGUUCAUUUGGGAUUGCAUGAAUGAUUUUGUUCAAAACUACAAUGGACGCAUUUGGGGAAACCAAGGACCCAUCUUAAUGACGAGAAAGCUGCGAGCCUUGUGCAACCUGACCAAUUUCCAUAAUGUGGAGGAUCAAAGGUGUGGGAACAUUUCCUUCUUACAUCCUCAGCGUUUCUACCCUAUCCCUUACCCAGCAUGGAGGCAGUACUACACGGUUUGGAAGAGAAGCCCUGACUUCAACAACUCCUAUGCUUUGCACCUGUGGAACUUCAUGAACCAGGGACGCAAGACUGCGGUUGCAGGAAGUAACACGUUAGUGGAAAAUCUGUACAAAACAUACUGCCCCACCACUUAUAAGGACCUUAUUCAAGGCACAGAAGGCAGUGGUCAUAUGCAACAAAACAAGACUGAAUGACUGGAUCUAGCAGAAUGAGGUGUUCUUUCCAGCCCUGAUAGCCCUGUGUCUAAAAUAAACUGUGCACAAUGUGUACCUCCUCUUAAUCAGUGUCUCUCAGCCAUUUUCUAUCUGCAGACCACUUCGUAGGAGAGAACCUCUCAGAAACCACCUCUUUUCCCAAGUUUCCCCAGGACCUAAUGAAAUUUGUAGGAAGGUGGGGGUAUAAAUAUCAUGUAAUCACCAAUGGUAAGUAUGUUUUGUCCUUUAGGGUAAAAGUUUCCAAAGCAGCUAAGUGAUCUAGGAGCCUGAGUCCCACUUUCAAGUCAUGUUGGCUUUGGGAGCCAAAGAUCCAUUGAAAAUCAGUACCACCUAGGAACCCAAGGGUCAGAUUUUCCAAGGUAUUUGGUGCCUACAGAUGCAGAUAAGUGCUUUUGCAAAUCCCAUUAGGCAUCUAUCUGCAUAUUUAGGUGCCUAAAUGCCUUUAAAAAUCUGGCCUUUUAGAUGCUUUUGGAAAUUUUCCCCUGUCAUUUGCUGUGUGCUUGUACAGCACUUUGUGCAAUGAGGCCCCAAACUGGCUGAGGCCUCUUGGUGCUACUGUAAUAUCAAUGUUCAGUAAUAAUGAAUAUAAUGACAAUCAAUCGUAACCCAAACUUUCCCCACUCAAAGUGUUCAUUAGCAUUGUUUAUUUUUCCUCUCUUUUGCUUCAGCUAU